UGUCCAGCUGUCCAUAGCACGGAUAAACCCAGGAAACUGGCCACGGGAAGCACGGCCCCUGUCCUGGCCUCCGGCCCAUAUUCGGCCCAAAUUCAUCAGACACGUCAGAAAGUGUGAGAAGACAUGUACUAUCGGAGACAAUAAUGAUUCAGCCUGUUGUUGGAGACUUCCUGUUCGAGGCGGAUAAAUAAGGUUCGUUCCCGGUCUGAUCAGACAUCAGGGCUAGGACACCCGUUCGUGAAGCAGAGUUUUUUCUGCGUGUACACUAUACUUGCGGACUCUGGGAAUGAUCAUGGGAAGGCAGAUGUCCAGAGAACGCGGCUGCCUAAUGACGAUCCUGACUUGUAUGAUGCUGGGUGCGGCGGUUGAGGGCCAGGGGAGGCCUUGUAUCGGCACCGGAGGGAUACCAGCAGUGGAGGGUGCUACGGUCUACAUCGACUUCGCCUCGAAGAAAUGUAUUGCAGACAAGGCAUCUUGGCGGACUGCGUCCCUGCCUAUGAGUGUCCCACCAUACCAGACGACUGCGUUGAUAUCCAGUAUCUUGCAGACUACGCCUGUAACGAAGGAAAGCAGUGCGUUGAACGGGGGUGUAAGGUACCUAGCACGGGACAGAUCAUACGAAAAGGCCAACAGUCUGGAGACUGCACGUGCGGAGAGGAGGGUCAGUGCCAGCGACACAGUCCACCGGUGUACCCGAGACCUCCUGCCCCUAUACAAGCGGGUUGCGCCCCCUUUGGAAGUUGUAGCCCCUGCACCACAGACGCACAGUGUGCUCGAUAUGAGUAUUGCGGCUACACAUUCGGCUUGUCAUCGGGCCAGUGCGUGGGCCAGGACUGUUAUAGUGACAUUGACUGUGAGGGCGGACGCUGUAACGGCGGUGCGGUAAGGCCCCGGAUGCGCGGGUGGUGCUCCCUUCCUCUCGGGAUGGCCCUUGGAGCGGCGCCAGUGGCCUAUGCGGCACCUGGGCAGGUUCAAGGACCAGUUCAGCCACCGAGACCGUUGUACGGCCGCUGGCGGAAGCAAGGUGCGUCCGAGAAUAGUGACGCCAACGCUGACACACCGAAAUCUGUUAAUGAUAACACCGAAGUAGCGAAAUAGAACUUAUCAACAGACAGACGGAUCGCCAUCACCAGGCGUGAAAAUAUAGGAUUCUUUUUUUAUUAUCGUGACGUUCAAUUGGACUGAAUUUUCUUCCUAACGUUAAACUUCACAGGGAGUAGCGCAGAAAAGAAACAUACAGGCGGCACAUACAUAUAGUACAUAUAUGGCCCCAUUCAGUCUGGAUUGAUCAUGGUUAAAUCAUCAGCCCAACAUCUAGAUCUUCGCUAUGGCUUAUCGGUCCUAUACAAGAAUUACAGUCACUGCCACGCACAUAUAGGGCGCAUCUGUCAUCACUCUAUUCUCGGAGUAAAUCAUGUUGAAUUGGCAAUGAACCGCGAAAGUCGGGCGCUUUUCAAUUUUUUUCAUGUCCAUGUUGAGAAGACCGAGGUACAUACAUAGUGUCUUUAUAUAUGUCUAGAUAUAGAUUUGAUUAUGACAUUAAUAAACAUAUUCUUUAUCAACUGCGUGUAGGUAUGUUGUUAUUUUGACAGGAUGAUAAUGUAAGCAGGAAAAAAGGUAUAAACAUUUUUUAAACUUUACAUUUGUGGAGUAAGAUAUGGUGUAUUUACGCGUAAACUCGAGUCUUGUCACAAAACCUCUCAUUGUGUAAUGUCUUUGAUUAUUCAUUUAAUCGUAGAUUAGCCUAUGACAUCGUCACAGGAAAUAGAUCUAUGUCAAAUGUUACGAGGGACUGUAAAAUGUCACCAUGAAAAACUUGUAGCUCUGCCGCUAGACGUUCGGCUUUCGUAUUUAAGACACAUCGUUAUAUGCAACAAUAAGUAUACUAUUAUACACCGGAAUUUAGAUAGCCUGGUAUCCAGCCGUGUUAUAGCUCCAUAUCUUCUGUCCUCUCUGCAAAUUUGAGACCGAGUCGGGAGCUAUGAUACAGCUUGAUGCCAGGCUAGAGUUUAGACACAUGGAAAACCCGCGAUGUUUAAAGCAAUCUCAAUGCGACGCUUGUAUGAGUAGACAUUUUCUGAGAAAUGGUAGAUGUUGCAAAAUGGAUGCACUUAUACAAGGUAUGGUUACUCCAAAACACUGCACCACUAAAAGGUCGAAGUGUUCUGCUUUCAAGGUUGGUGAUAUUUGUCGGCUGAGAUCGUUGUGAUAUUUACAGUACAAGUAGGAUGCCAUCAUGGGCGGAACGGAAACUUUGUACAUCAGGCGAUCAACAGGUGUUUCUGUUGAAAAACAAAUUCCAACUUACAUGGCCUUAUGUAACUCCUGUAUUUCAUUACAUGUAAAUAGAUCGAAACAGCCAAUAGAUAAGGAAACAGCCACAUAUUUGCGCCAUUCUAGCACAAUGUUAACCAAACAAUAGAAACACUGUGGGUCCUCCAAAGCACUAUCAUUUUUUUUUAUCAUAUUCCCAACAGACUGUAAGUGUAACACAUAAUUGACACGCGAAUUUAUCCGCUAGCAUCUAUUGACUUGUUGUAUAGAUUUUGGAGAGACAUUUCCGCUCUAUGUAAAUCAACAAACGUGUAAAUUAGCCAGAUGCAUGGCCUUGAGGUCACACGUUUACUACUUAUAGACCCCUCAGGGUAGCCAAUCUGCAUUUGACAGCGGACCUUAGAAGACGCCAGGAACCGAGAAACAUAUCUUUCAAGAUGAAGACCCUGUUGCUCCUUGCUACCUGCGUGAUCCUGGGACAGGCUGCUCCAGGCAAUCGCCAUCGCCGGCAGUUUCUGCCCACUGCUCUCUGUACCAACGGAGUGGCUGUACAGAAGUUCGCCAUGCCUGACGGCUCCCUGUGCCACUACCUGCCACCUGCUAUAUUGACCGUCGUCAGCCCUCUCCAGUCCGGGGCCGACGCCUGCCCGGCCGCAGCCAACUGGGUGGCCUUCGACUGGUGCGGCACUAUGAGCCGCCAGUGCUACUGCUGUGAUGAGGCCACCACUGCAGACCAGUGUCUCUUCUGCUGGAACAACUGUGACCCAACUGCUUAGAGCAUCGGGAAUGACGGCAAUACAGGCAAUAAAAUCCUCUCAUUCACUGAUUA